AUGUUAGACUCAUCGACAUGGCGCCGGCAAUCAAGCAUUCGGCCUGGACCACGGCACAAGUGGUACUUCCUGAGAUUCCAGCGAAUCCAAACCUGUCUCCGGUCGUCAUCACUCUUCUCAGUUUGUGCUUGUGCCAGUGCCUCACCUACCCUCAUUGCCCCUGGAACUUGUCAAAGUUCUGGCCCCCCCGGCGGCGGCAGCUCUGGCGGCUCUGGUCCCAGCAACAGCGGUGGUAACGGUGGUAGCGGAUCUCCUACCACAACUCCUGGUGGCGGUGGUGGUGCUUCUCCUACCUGCAACACUGAGGCUCCCGACUGUGGUGCUGUUGCUACCUCAGCCGUUCCCUCUUGUGCUCAAGCAUGCUUCACGAGCGCUGCUCCCAAGAUCUCUUGCGGCGUGGACGACUACGCAUGCCAGUGCCAGCCCGCAGCUCAGGCAAGCCUGUCUCAGAUUUUAGUUCCUUGCGUUGCGACAGCCUGUCCCGCAGCCUCUCUGGAGGCCGUCAUCACCGGAGCUUCUUCCGUGUGUGCUUGCGCUACCGGCUCGAGUGGUUCUUCCAACUGCGGUGGCAGCGGCGGACCCGGAGGCUCCGGAGGCUCCGGAUCUCCUACUGGAGGCAACGGAGGUGGUGAAGGAGGAAGCGGAGGCAGCGAGCCUACUGGCGGAUCAGGAGGCUCUGGAGGAUCCGGAGGAGAGGGCGGAAGCGGUGGAAACGGAGGAGGUAAUGGCGGCGGAAGUCAACCUACCAGUCCCCCAACCAUCCCUCCCAGUGCAGGUUCUCGAUUGGAGAUGAGCCUUGUUGCUGGAGUUUUCGCUCUCACCUGGGCGAUUGCCGUUGUGCUGUGA